AUGUUAUAUUUCAGUUUAACCAAUGUAUUUGUAAGAAUUGAUGUUUACCAUGCAACAAUGUUAGUCACAAUCAACGCUGUCAUUGGUUGGCUGUAUUUUGCAGCAUGGACUGUAUCUUUCUAUCCACAAGUAUUUUCUAAUUAUUUUAGAAAAAGUGUAGUUGGUUUGAACUUUGAUUAUAUAGCUUACAAUCUAUUAGGAUUUUUGGCUUAUGGUUUCUUUAAUGUUGGAUUGUAUUGGAUUGGUAGUGUAAAGAAUGAGUAUAAAAGACAACAUCCAAGAGGUAUCAAUCCUGUACAGUUAAAUGAUGUGAUAUUUACUAUACAUGCUGUUUUUAUUACACUCUUUACUAUAUUUCAAUGUAUUAUAUAUGAGGUGAGAAACCAGAGGAUAUCAAAAUUCUGUAAAAUAUUAGUGGGUAUAGCUAUAUUAUUCUCUGUGGUAACGUUAGGAGUAGCAGCUGGUGGAGUUAUUACAUGGUUAACAUAUCUCUAUUACUUCUCAUAUAUUAAACUUGGUGUUACUCUUAUUAAAUAUGUUCCUCAGGCCUACAUGAACUACCGUAGAAAGAGUACUGAUGGUUGGAGUAUUGGUAAUGUUUUAUUAGACUGUACUGGUGGUAGUCUUAGUGUAUUACAGAUGCUCUUGUUAGCAUACAACAGUAAUGAUUGGGAUUCAAUAUUUGGUGACCCCACCAAGUUUGGUUUAGGAUUUUUCUCCAUAUUGUUUGAUGUGUUAUUUAUGGUUCAACAUUAUAUAUUGUAUCGUGGGAACUCUCCUUAUCAAGAGGUGGAAAUAAUUGUUAAUAAUGACGAAUUUUCAAAUCCUAAAUUGAAGUAACAUUUAGGUGCUAGAACAAUUUAAAUGUCUUUUUUAUAUGAGUUAGAUGUGACUUAGAAUUUAUGUAAUUUUUUGUUUUGAAAGACACUCUUCUGUGAUAAAAUCUCUUUAUGCUAGCUACUCUACACUUGCAUUGUAGCGUGAUUUUUGCACACAUGGUAUGCUCACUCUUCUAAAACACACUGCUAUAUCUGUGUAUUCAUAUUGAUCUGCAAUGAAUCAUAUUGGUCAUCCUUCCAGAUCUAGACUAGCUUUUUCAAUGUAGCAACACAAAUUAAUGGAUGACUUGAGUUGUAUUCCAAUUCAAAAUAAGCAUUGUAUUACAAAAUAUAAUGUAGAUUCUUUCCAUAUAUUAGCUUAAUCUCUUCCCUGCAUUGUUAGAAGAAAACUAUCACCAACGCACACAAAAACAACAUUCCUAGUUUAAUGUAUCACACAAUUUCUUAUAUUUUUACUACUUUGUUAAUUAUUUUUAAUCCAUAUCCCAAAUUACAGAUAUCAUCAUCAAUUUCCCACAAAAACCAAAAUCCUUAAGUUGCCAAAAUAUCCUUAUGUUAAAAUAGCCUUAGUUUACACUCUUAUUCAUAUAUUUAUUCCAAGCACUAUUACAACAAUCAAAAUAUUUUAUAAUUGUAUUUCAACAUCUGGGUAAAUCUUAUACUUUUGUUGUUGUCUCAUUUUGUAAUUUAAUCUGGAAUUAUGUAGAUCUAUCAAAGAAAACUAAGAAAGAAUUUUUCAAAGAUGUAAACGACUUGUGCCCAGAUGAAAUGAUGCUGAGUAAGACUUUUUAGUUUAUUGUUUACUCUCUUUUGUUUAAGGCCAGACCAGUUUCUUUUCUAGUUUAUUGUAACUUCUACCUCAAUUUUGCACAAAUCAGAAGAAGCAAAACCUCAAAAUCAGCUCUGCUGAAAAAGAAACGACUUUCAUUCCUGAUU